GAAGCUUUUUCAAUCGAGUGAACUAUUUAUCUCAAGUCUUUUUCCAAACUUCCAAAAAAAGUUGAACCACAAUGAAGGCCGUAGUUAUCCUAAUGUGUCUUUUAGGUACAACAUGCAGUGUACCACUUCAAGUAUACCACCAAAGGCAUCAACAGAUCCAGCAACAGACACAAGCACAGGAGCCACAGCCUGGCAUUCUGAGAUAUCCCAGCAUCAGCCUUGAGAUGAUGCAAGAUAUUGCUCGUUAUAAAAGGUUUAAGCAACAGCACCCUCAGAUGUUCCCCUCAUUGAACCUCCCAGCACAGCCCUUACCCCCAAAGACAACAUGGCAGUCCUGGGGUCAAAGCUCAUCUCUGAGGCUUCCACAGUUUCCUCCUCUGUUUCCCCCACAGCAGUACCCUCAGCAACCCCCACAGUUCCCUCAAUCAUCCCCUCAACUACCUCCUAAAGUUCAACUAGCAGAGUUCCUGCCUGGACUGCAACAGGAGAGGCUGAUAAACAGGAAUCAACAGUAUGAAUAUGAAUCACCAGUCUUGUUCCAUCAGGUUCCACCACAGCAGUCAACAGCUGUUCCUGCAGCUAGCAAUGAUCCUGCUACACCUCAGGCAUCAGUGCAGCCUACACAACAGGACCAACAGCCAGGACAACGUGGAGAUCAACCAGAGCACCAGGUCCAGAUCCCAAAUGCUCAAGGGCAGCAACCAAGUCAACAGGACCAGCAACUCCAGUUAUUUCCCACUUUUGGAUUUUUACCAAUGAUGCCCUACCAGCCUGUUCUUCAAGGCCAGCCACCACAGUUCCCUGGUUACAGUUUUCUAAUGCCUGCUGCAUUCCCACAACAACAGGCACAGCCAGGGCAGGAACAGCAACAGCAGAUGUAUCCACAAGUUGUUUAUGUACAGCUUCAGCCUGGAAUGGCGGGUGGUGCUUUUGGAAGUGUAAGCUCUGAAGAGUUACAGGUCGCUGGUGGCCUUUUACCUGGUUUUGCGGGAUUCAUCCCUGGCUUUGCUGGACAAGCUUUUGGAGGGGGCAUUCCAAGCUUUGGCGGAAGUGUACCAGGAGCAGAGGGUAGCAUACCAUUUGGUGGAGUUGUCCCAAUAGGUCAGGGAACCAACCCAGUCGCGCCUGAAGCUGGGCUGCCAACAGCUGAAAUUCUCCCAGCAGGCCAGGGAGGAGGCCCCACUGUCCCUGAAGUUAUUCCUACAGGUCAAGGAAGCCCACCAACCAUGUUUGAAAGAGGCAACCAGCCAGCCCCUCAAUCCAAACUACCUACUGUAGGAUUGACCACACCUGCUUGGGUUAGAAUGCUAACACCAGGCAACUCACCAGCUGCAUAGGACACAGUGAAAUCCAUAGCCCCAUGAACCACACCAGCUUCUGCAGGGAAAGAGCCAACCACAGCAGCUGCCGAGCCCUCAGAAAACAAAAUGCCAGAAGUCAACUACUAUACUACCAAAAGCAUUCGCCCCUAAGAAUGAAACUCUUUUAAUCUGCACACUAACACUGAUGCAGUCUUCAAAGUGCAGGGCUUUAAACAGGUCGUGUAACUCAUUGUAAGUGUUCAAAUAUGAAGUUAUUAGACAUCUCAGCUCUUUGCAAUAUUUUCAUAUUUUUUGUAACAUGGUGAAGCUGAUAUUUAUUAAAUGUUAACUUUUACAUCAUGUGUAAUGAAAACUGUUUGAAUAUCGAAGUUAUUCUCUUUUUGUAUGCAUGUAACAUAAUUUACCUUGUGUUAUUUAAAAUGUAUUUAAAUACAAUUUCC